AUGGGCUCCGCGAGCACAUCUUCUUAUUAUUUCUGUUUGGUGUGGGUUUUUCGUCCUCCACGGAGUCCGCGCACCUGUCCCAUCCCAUUGUACAAAUACCCAGACUGUCCAGAGACGACAACGCUCCUCGUCUUCCCUGUCCAAAAACGCACCAAAAUAAGGUCCUUCCUCCAUUUGUUCCUUGUUUUUCCUGUACCUGAUAUCAUGUCCCUCCUUAUGUUUACACAGUUUUUACAUUGCUUCAGAAUGAGUCAACAUUAAUUUGUUUCUGAUUCAGAAUGGGUACGUUCCGCUUACUGCUCUGCUUGGUUUCCGCUUCAAGAGUCGUCUCUUGGACUGGAGAAGCUAUUCGAAAUCGUGAGUUUGUUAAAGAACCGGAAAUUUUCUCAAAAUAGUUCAUAAAAGCAUAUCAAAUUGAAUAAAGUUCCCCUUUUUUUGAACACCAAGUUAUUGGACUCAUUUUUUUUUCUGAAUCCAAGUUGAAAACGAAACUUUGAGGUUCGAAGACUUAAAUUUCAACGUCUGACAAAAGUCCUUUUUUUUCCUUACUUCCCUCGUUCAAAGAUCAGCCCUUUGUGCUAAUAAAUGAAUGCUGAAAUCUACGAUUUCAUUCGAAACAUUUUUUUCAUUGCACGAACUAAAAAAAUUUUUUUUAUGAUAACAUACGAUACCGUCAGAAGAGAUACGAAAAAACAACAUUUCGGUCCUAACUUUCUUGUAAGGAAUUCAAUUUUUCUGAAACUUUCUGGAAUUGUGAUGACAUCCAUUUCUAACUCUCUGAUGAUGUUUCAGUUUACAAGAAAAACGCAGCUUCAGAAAUUUUCAAGAAAUUGAAUCCCUUACGAGAAAUUUGUGACUGAAAUCGCCUUUUUUCGAAUCUGUAACGGUACUGUAUCUCGAAAUCUUUUUCAAAAACACAUGGAAAUUCUCCUCUACAAAAAUAUUUGCGGUGCAGCAGUGGUCAGUUCUGUUUGAGGUGUGACCAGCGCUGCCUCGUGUUCUUUCCCGCCUCGAGUGUUAUUCCUCUUGACACCAACUUUUUUCAGACCCUACGGAUAUUGUGGACAACCAAGCCUUCAUUGUGGCUCGUUCUCCGCCGAAAAACGAUUACAUUCGUCCCUGUUACUUCACUAACUGGGCUCAGUACAGGUUAGCAUAAAAAAUCCAAAAACUUCAUUUUUUAAACUUUUAGAAAUGGAAGAGCAAAGUUUUUACCUGAGAAUUACGUCACAGGCCUGUGCACUCACAUUCUUUUUGCGUUCGGUUGGAUGAACGAAGACUUCACAGUUAGGUAUCAAAUUGAAAAAAAUUAUACAUCAUAAAAUGAUUGAAGAGCUUAUGAUCCUGCCGACCUACCGAACGAUUGGGCGGGAGAGGGAAUGUACAAAAGAAUCAACAAACUGAAAAACACUGAUCCCAAUCUCAAGACGCUUCUGUCGAUUGGUGGUUGGAGUUUUGGAACUCGUCUUUUCCAGGUAAUGAUUUCAAAAAAAAGUCAUCAAUCUCAGGUUUUUUCUUCAUUUCUAGUUGAAGUAUUGAUAAUCUCAUACAUUUAAUCAUUUUAGUCAAUGGCGAGCACAUCAGCAGGACGGAAGACUUUCAUCGACUCUGCCGCUAAAUUCUCGAGAACUUGGGGUUUCGAUGGUAUCGAUAUCGAUUGGGAAUAUCCAACAGGCGCUCAGGACACCGCCAACUAUGCAAGUCUCAUACAAGUGAGUUUGAAAGCAAGAAAAUCUUCUCAGAAAGAAAAAUCACCUAGGAAAUGAGAAGCGCUUUCGAAGCUGAAGCGAAAAUCAACAAUAAACCAAGGCUUCUUCUGUCCGCUGCCGUUUCAGCCGGACAAGCAACUAUUGACUCCGGUUAUGAUGUACCAUCUCUCGCAAAGUGAAGACAUGCCCAAGUUAUUCAAAAACAGUGCUUUACAGGAACUUUGAUUUUAUCCUAGUGAUGAGUUACGAUUUCUUCGGCGCGUGGAGCACUUACGUUGGCCACAAUUCUCCUUUGUAUGCUUGGAGUGGCCUUCCUGAUUCUGAAAUCGUCUGGAAUGUGGUUAGUUUACCGCUGAUACUUUUCUCGAAUCUUGAACACGGUUUUCAGGAUUGGGCAGCCAAACACUGGGCUGAUAAAGGAAUGCCAAAAGAAAAAAUCAUUGUUGGAAUCCCGACUUAUGGAAGAGGUUAGCUAUUAUGAGAAACUGAUUGAAAAUCUUUUCAGGCUGGACUCUGACGAACACGAGCAACACUAUGCCCGGAACACAAGGAUCACCUGCCAAAAUUACGCAAUUUGUUCAGGAAGCUGGUGUUGGAGCGUACUUUGAGGUCAUUCUGAAAAACACGAAAUUUAUUGAAAAGACGUUUUCAGUUCUGCGAAAUGCUUGCAUCUGGAGCUGUCCGACAUUGGGAUUCCGAGGCGCAGGUGCCUUAUCUCGUCCAAGGAGAUCAGUGGUGGUCCUACGAUGAUGUCGAAUCAAUCACUAAUAAGGUGAUUCUACAUAUUUAAAGAAUAAACGCAUAUAACUGCGGCUUUUUCAGAUGAAUUGGCUGAAGAGAGAACAAUUUGGUGGAGCUUUCGUUUGGACAUUGGACUUUGAUGAUUUCAAUGCCGAGUGCAGCAAUUCCGACGGGCAGCUUUAUCCUCUCAUUAGUGUCAUUGCCAAAGAGCUGGGAGGCAUCACUAUUCCAAAGGUACAGGGCGAUCAAUGGGUGAAAAAGGCAUUUAAUAAAAAGUGUGGUAACAGAAAAAUGAUGAUCAUUUUUUUUCCUGAGGCAGAUAAAAUCAUUUUUCAAGUCCGCAACGGACUCUUCAAUUUAUGCUUUUUUCUUGAUUUUCUGAUAAUUUUACCGAUCUUAUCUGCAUUUUCUUUUCAUUGAAAUAGAAAAAAUUUUAGCUGUUUUUUGCUACGAAAAAUCCCUCUAUUUCCUCAAAAUUCAAGAAAACGUCUUCAUCUGCCACCGGUUCGAUCACUACCACGACUCCGAUGGCGCCAGCCACCACCGGCAGAGGCUCCAUGACUUCUACGACGGUACCAACGACGACUACAAAGGCCACCACAACCACAACUUCUGCACCUAACUCUCUCUGCUCAGGCCUUUUGGACGGAUUCAAUCCUCUAAAAGGCUCUUGCAGUGACUUCCUGCUGUGUUUGAGCGGUAUGCUGCACAAAAAUAGUCGCGUUUGAUUUUCCCUGUUCAGGAAAGGCUUACACCUUAAGCUGUCCGUCAAAUUUGUAUUUCUCGGCGGCCAAGAAGUACUGCGUCCUACCGGCGAAUUCCGGUUGCGUUUUGAGCACAACUGCCGCUCCAAAAACAACGACCAGAGCAACGACCACUACCAAAGCAGCGACGAGUUCGUUUUUUUCAUGCUUUUUCGAAGAUUUAAUACCAAAAAAAAAUCCAUUUUUUUCUAAGUUUCUGCCUUAUUUUAAGAAUUGAUUGGAUCCUUUGAAGUUAUCUAAACGUUGUUUAGAGUUCACAUGCACCAAGGACGGAUUUUUCGGGGACGUGAAUGAUUGCAACAAAUUCAUCCGCUGCGUCAACGGAGUCGCUUUCAAUUUUGACUGCCCGAAAGGUGAUACUUCAAUAAACAAAAAAGAGACCAUAUUUUUUCCAGGUUUGACGUUCAACAGUCAGGAGGGAAUGUGCGACAAUCCCGACCCUUCGAAAUGCGCAAAAUGA